UUUACAUCCCUCAGGCGCGACGCAAGAUUUGAAGGACAACAAAGCGUACUAGCUUAAGAAAAGUGCUUCAACAAAGGAACACCUACCAAAUCCAUUCAUCCUAAACGAAUCCACUCAUGAAUAUUUGGAGUGCUCACUUUGAAAAACAAAAGGUCAUACACGACACGGUGUCCCGCCAGAAUUCUUGAGCCUGCAUACAUGCAGCGGCAAUACCCAUCUCGCUCUACCUCUUCACUCCUGCAAAAAUGUUCUACGUACUUUUUGUUGUAGUUCUUUUCUUAGUUCUCUUACUGAUACUUCGCACUGUAUAUGUGCUGAAGAAAAAAAGAAAUCAAGGUUCUUUGGACAGGAGAAAGUCAGCUAAAGUAAUGGUGGUUGCCGGCUCAGGUGGUCAUACUUCAGAGAUGCUCAGACUUAUGGGCUCACUGUCUUCUUGUUAUCAACCAAGGAUCUAUAUUGUUGCUGAGACUGAUAAAAUGAGUGAAGACAAGAUUAAUAGUUUUGAAAAAUCUAAGAAGAAGGAAGAUGAGGAUAAAUCAGGGUUUAAAAUAGUUAAAAUUCCACGAAGUAGAGAAGUACGUCAAUCAUGGCUUUCUUCAAUCUUUACAACUUUGAAUGCCUUGACUUUUUCAUUUCCUGUUGUAUUGCAAGAGAAACCAGAUUUGAUUCUUUGUAAUGGUCCAGGAACAUGCAUUCCAAUUAAUGUAGCAGCAUUUGUGUUAAAAAUUUUUGGUGUAAGGGAUAUUACGAUGGUGUUUGUUGAGAGCAUUUGCAGAGUAAAGACAUUAUCACUAUCUGGGAAAAUCAUGUACUGCUUUGCAGAUUAUUUUAUUGUUCAAUGGCAACAGCUCCAGACAAUUUUUCCCAAGUCCAUUUACCUUGGACGGCUGGUGUAGUAGUGUGAAGCCUUCAUUUAACAAAAGGCCGGGACUUGUGAUGACAGUACCAUACUCGUAACAGAAUUGUACAAAUUAAAUUAUAUUUAUAAGUUGCUAAAAAAUGGAAACUGUCAGUAGUAAAUUUAUUGGUGAAUUGUAAUAUUUGAAAAAGCUAAUACCAAUAGGGGAAAAUAAACUUAUGCUAAUGCUGUUGUACUUGAUGCACUUUAGGGUCACUUGGUAAGCCUCAGUGUAUCCCUUUUCACUCCUCUGCGCCCAAAAGUUGGCAGGCAGGAUUCUGGGUUGAAACACAGCAGGGUCACAGUUUUGUAUUCUUGAGUAUAUUUGAAUCACACAGUACCUCUCUUUAUGCAGAAGUGUAAAUGGGUUCCUCAACUUUGCUGAUACAUUGAGGCCACUUUAUUGGACAUUUUUGAACUAAUAUCUUCAUUGACUCAGUAAUUAUAACAAAACUAUUAUCUGAUAAGAAGCAACAGGCUCCCUAAGAACAAUUGUGAUUAAAAUGGAUUAUGAGAAAAGAAAAGCUAAC